AUGGACCUUGUGAAAACGCAUUUAAUGCUCACCGUUCGGGAAGAAGUUGAAGUUUUAAAGGAUAAAAUAACCGAACUCAUGGACAGGAUAAGUCAGUUGGAAGUUGAAAAUACAAUAUUGAAAGCUCACGCGUCACAGGAAACGUUAUCGCAACUCAGUAGUCAAACGGCACAAAAAACGCAACAGCAACCGCCAAGCAAUUCAUCGGCUUAA